AUAUGGAAAGAAGGUGAAUCAUUACCUGUCAAAGUGUUACGAGGUCAUAGCCAGUCUGUUUUAAUGUGUGUUCAAUUCAGGAUUUGUGAUUGGUUGUUAUCUUGCUCUAAAGAUGGCACACUUAGGGUCUGGGAUGUUGUCGAAGGAGAUUUCAAAUUUAGUAUUUCAGAAGGCCAUGGUAAUCAAGAUGUAUUAUUCUGUGAUAUAUCACAUGAUGACAAAUAUAUUGCUUCUGCAUCAUCAGAUAAAACAGUUAAGGUCUGGCAUGCCAGUAAUGGACAAUUAUAUAAAAGCAUAGAAUGUUCUGAUGCUGUUAGGUGUUGCCGCUUUUACUUUUCCAGCUACGUGCUGAUAUCAGGUGAUGAUUCUGGAGCUGUCACGCAGUGGCAUUUUGGAGGUAAAGAUGAACCUAAAUUAAUAGGUUACCAUGACUCUCAAGUACGUGGCAUUUACCUUGCUGUUGAUGGAUCUCAGUUCAUCACCAUUUCCGAUGAUAUAAAGCUGUGGAAUCGAAAUGGGACUUUUGCUCAAACACUUCUUUUACCCACAUCGUCCAGUGGAGUAACACCUCCAAGCAUAUGGACCUCCGAUAAUUUUGAUAUAUUUGUUAUAGUACAUAAUUCAGUCUUAUACAUUCUUAAGAAAAUGUAAAUACAGUCGAGUUUCAUUUGUCUGAGAUAAUACAGAUCUUCCAAAAUUUUGUGUUGAGUGUAUUUUUAAUAAGAAAAUUCCAAUAAAACAUACAGACUUAGCAUUAGUAAAUAUUUGAUGAUGUAAUCUAUUUCAUUGUCGAAAUCCUACAGAGUUUUCUUAUUGUAGCAUAAUUCCUACAUAUCUAAGAAAUCUUCUUUCAAAAUGUUCUCCAUGCAGUCAGGGCUGGAUUAAGACUUUAGAUGCCAUAAACCAGGGAUGGCUAACCUUUUGCACAUCAUGCACUAAUUUUUUGAUGGAUGAGUUUAGAUGUACCAGUGCUCGAGUUAUAACUCAAGCACUUUUAAUACCAUUUUAUGUUCAUGGUUAUAGACAGUUGUAUAGAAGUAUGUUUAUAAGCAUAAUUAACUUUUUUGAAUAAUUUAAUUAUUGUAUGUAAAACAAUACCUAUUACAGCACAGAAACAUUACAUACCAUUAAUGAAACUUUUGAACCUGUUUGGAUUUGGCUAUUCUUUUAAUGUUUAUUGUUAAAUUUGUUACUGAGAGUUCUUCAAAUUUAAAUCAGUUAUUCAGGAUCUUGUUUUGCUUUUAAUCAAUUACAUUGAUGAAAAUACUUGUUCGCAUCUGUAUGUUGAUGAAAAUACUUGUUCGCAUCUGUAUGUCAUUGCAAAGCAACAUAUAUAAUUUUUUUCAAAUAUUUGUAGCUCUUGGCCAUUCACGUACUAGUGAAUGCCAGAAAAUAAUUACAUCAGAUGCAUUUUGAUCUGGAAAAAGCUCAUCAAAUUUCAUUUUUAAGAAUAAAUUUGUUUUAAAUCAAUCAUUCGAUUUGUAUGCUACUAGGCAUCUGCAUUAUGUUUUGUUCACUUAGUGAAAGUGAGAUGAACAGUUUUAAUUUCAUUUUAAAUGAAUUGAUGCGAUUUACUAAGUUAGGAAAUAAUCUAAUCUUGCUUUGUUCUUUUAAAUUUAGAUCAUGACUAGUAAUAUCAACUAAAAAUGCCAGAUCAUAUAGCCAUUUGUUGUCAAAUAGUAGGGUUCUUUCAUCGGGCUUAUUUGUUUUCCUGUUUGAAAAAAUUAGAAGCAGCAUUCUUCAGUUUUCAAAAUCUACUCAGAACCUGCCUUCUAGAAAGCCUGCAUACUUCACAGUGAGGGUUAAAAUCACCAUAUUUCAGACUUAACAAUUCACAGUAUUCUCUGAAUUCUCAUCUGUUUAAUGGCUUUGCUCUAAUUUUAUUCCCACAUUUCAGAACCGAUAACAUAACAUGUUGCAUAUUUAAUGUUUGGUAAACAUUGCAUCUUGAUACAAUGAUAUGUGGAGAUAUUUUAGUAUAUAAAGCGAAGUUAUCAAGUGAAGUGUCAUUGAGUUAACUUGUUACUGAUGGUGCUCCAGUAGUAUGAGUUUGCUACAAUCUAAUUUUAGAUUUUCUAGGCAUGAUUUUAUUUUUCAAAUGUGUCUGAUCCUCUUAUAUUACCAUGCUGUGGCUACAGAAUGGCAAAUUAUUCAAAGGCAUUAAAAUCAUUAUCUGUUCCUCUUAUAAAAGUGUUUAACUGUGCAGGAUCAAAUAUGUCCACUGAUUCAUCCAAAGCUAGAGAAAAGAAAGUACAGGAAUAGACAAGGUCUUCCAGUUGCUAGAAUACAUCCUGGGAGAGUUUCUCAAUGUAUCUCAUAACUGUCUGCCUUGAUACGGCAAUUUCAUCUGCUUUCCUUUCAGUCCCUUUAAUUAUCAAGAUGGUGUGCAAAUAUUUGAAGACAAGGUUUAACAAUUUCUUCUCAAUCAGAAUCCCCCCCCCAAUGCUAAAGCAAUUUCGUAUGAUGCUUCUGCCAUCACUAAGUAUUCACAACUCAGGUCCAAGAAUAAACUUCAUUGUUUCUUCAAUAUAAGUCAGAUGCUGUGUUUUAUAGUGUCUAUUAAGAUCAUGUUUUUUGUUAUGUGAAAAAGUACUUUCACAAAGAAUGCAAAAUAGUUUUCCUGACGAAUUUGCUAUAAAUAAUAACUCAUUUACCCACUUUUCAUUAAAUCCAUGCCUACUAUCAUUUUCUAUGCUUCUCUUGAUAAUUUUAUUUUGCACUGUAAUAGAUAAAAUGAAUUUUAAAAAACUCUAAAAAAUGUUGAAAAAGUACAUAUAGUUCACAAUCACAUACAUCAUAUCACACAACAUUUAAAAAAAAACACACCAAAUUGCUUCAAAACUCAACAUCACAAUGGCUCAUUUAGAACCGAAUGAAACGCCAUCCAUUGGCUAAUCAUCCAGUGCACUACAUUUGGCACAUGUGCUAUGGUUUGGCCCCCUGCCCUAAGGACUUGAAAGAUUUUGAUGCUCCCAUAUAAAUUUAUGCUUCCCCCUACCCAUUCCUUCUGUUUCAAUCUUGGUUUCCCUGCACCAUGUAUGCCAAUUUAAAAUUGGCACUGGAAAAUUUUUGUGUGCCUCUUUUCUUUAAUGCUCUUUUGCUUAAUCAUUAAUCUAGCCCUGCAUACAUACAUUCUUUUUAAGAAAAUUUCUUUAAAUAUAUCUGCUAAAAUUUGAGUAUCUUUAUGCUGUAAAUCCAUUUAUAAUUUAAAACAACUUAAAAGGAAAUUUUUUUUUUAUAAAACCAAAGUGAUGGCAUUUUAUAAUUAAAUCAGAUAACUGAGACUGCUGUGUUUUGAUUUUUGUGUCAUAAAGUGAGGGUUUAAAAUUUUAUCUUUCAUAAACUUGACAUAGUUUAAAAUUCAUAAUUGUAAGUGUGUGUUAUUGCCAACAGUUGUGCCAGUUUUGUGAAUUUUGGAGAGAUGUUUUUAAUGGUAGCAUUAGAAGUAUUUUGUGCAAUUAUAUCAUUAGGUACUUUAUGGUAUUUUUUUGUUGGUGUUUUUAUGAGAAAUAAUGUGAUAUUUUGAAGAAAAUAAUUUUUAAAUUUAAAUUUUUAUGUGCAAAUACACUGAUGGAAAAUGAAAUCCCAACUCCAAAAAAGAAAUCUAUUGAGAGAAAUGAAGUUAAGCAAAGUAUUUGUCUAAACUACAUAUUUGUUUGAUUCAAGUUUCAAGGUCACAGGUUAAAGUAUGCAUGAAAAAAACCUUUUCAAAUGUGAAAUGUGAACAUUAAUAAGCCUAUAGUUGCCAUGACAUUGAAUGCAAACAUUCAUCGUGUUGGAUAGGUGCUUUGCCUCAUUUUAUAGGAUGAAGUUCCAUGCCUGUUGCACUUAAUCAAUGAAAUCAGCAGUGCUCAAUGCUGAUUGUAGAUGACACUAGCUGUGUUGUCCAGUCAUGUCCCAUUUGGGCUCAAUAGGAAAAAGAUCAUUUGAUAUCGCAAUCCAAGACAACAAUUUGAUAAUGUUGAGCACAUUGGGUGAUAGCAGUGGUAUAGGUAUAAGGACGAACAUUAUCCUGUUGGAAAAUGCCUCCUAGAAUAUUGCUCAAAAUGGCAGUCAUCUGGUACAGUGAGAAGCCUGAUGUACAGAUUCGUUGCCAAGGUGCUUUUGCUGUUAUAGGAAAUUGCUCUUCCCAGGCAAUAAUUCAUGGACCAAGUCUAAUGUGUCUGUGCCACAAACAACUAGGCUUACAGGAAGCCAGGUUCUAAGACAUCACCUGGCCUUCUUCUAACCAAUUAACCAAUGUCUACCAAUGUCAUUAAUAGCACCAAGACUGAAAUAGCUUUCAUCUGAGAACAAACACAUCUGAUCUUCAUCCCACCCUCACUGAACUCUAGUUUGACACCACCGAAGUCACAAAAUGGUGGUGCUCAAGUUAGUGGUAUGGCCACUAAGUAAUCAAUAUUUUACAGUUUGUUAUGUCACUCAACAAAAGCUCGACUAUCUGCUGCAGACUCAUAGACAUGUGACAAAUAUGGCAGUCUUCCCUUUGAUUGAUGGCACAUAUGCUGCGCUGUGGAUACAUUCCUUCCAAUUCUUUCUGCAAUAUCGUGGGGAAAAAGUCAACUUUCUUGUAGCUGAAAGCAUGCCCACAAUACCCAAUCCGAAAGAUAAACAAAGCAUAAGAAAUUUACAUCUCAUAUUUAAAACAAAUAAGAUAUAUAUAUUCAUAGUAGCGCUACUACUGCCGCACUUAUUUCUCGAGUGGAAAAUAUGAAUAAACAUGAUCUUUCAGAUGGCAAGCACACUUUCCAAAUUUCAUUUAUGUAGCACAACUCAUUGGUUCUGAGAUUUCAUUUUCUGAUAGUGUAAUUUAUAACUAUGAAAUGUCUCACAUUGGGAGCAUGAUUGUUGAAAUAUUUUUUUAAAGAUCUCGUACUUUAUAUAGCCAAAUGGCCAUUUUGGUCACCAUCAUGUAAUAUUUUCCAUAUGUAUUUAAUGUUUUAUUGUUAUUAUUACUGUUACUUCUAAUAUAUAUAUAUACAUGUACAUUAAACAGACAUUAAAAUGAACUUUCAUUAAAAUUUUAAUACAAAUUUUUCAGUUUUCUUAAUCUCUGUGUAAGUUAUGGAUUUUGAUAUAAAAGGAAAAUAAAUAAUAAAAAUUUAAUAUUUUACAAUUCAGUCCUAUUUGUAAAGGUUUUUACAAGCUGUCUCUUAUUUUCCAUUCAUGGAGUUAAUUGUAUUUUUAUCUUGUUUCAUUUUCAUUUCUGCUGAAAAAUGAUGGGUUAUUAAAAUUUGUUUGGUUAAAACUGAUAUUCAUUCCCUUUUCUCUUCGUAAACGUCAUACUUUUUGUCAUUUACAGGAUCCCCAAAAAUGUAUGGCAUAAUUUUCCAAUGAAUGUUGUAAACUCAAAACACUUUUUUUCUUUCUAUAGGAUUUACUGCUAUAUAUACUAUUUUCUGUGUUGCAUAUUGUUCUGUAUGUGUAGUAAUAAAUAAUUGAUACUCAAAAUUCAUUGACUAAUAUUUAAAAGUUAAAUAAAAAUAAAUCAUUCACUUCCCAUAUGUAUAGAUUUUGAGCUGAAAUAUCUUGAAAUGAGACUCAUAAUAUGAUUUUAAAAAUUAAUUUUAUGUAAUAUAGUUUUUCAACAAAUUUGAAUGGUUGUGAAAUGGAUCAACUCUUGUUUUAAAUGUUGUAGAUUUGUGUUACAGUACAAAGUCAGGACUUCGGCAAUUCCGGAUUAGGUGUUUUUCCAGAUUAUAGAUCAUCAAUUUAAAUCUGGUAAGAUGGCAUGCAGAAAUUAUACUUAUUAAAAAUAUGAAACCGUAAUU